AGUACACGUGAAAUUUUGGCACGUCGACGAUCUUCCUACCCUACAUUCAAGGCUGGCAUAAUGGCAGUUGUGAAAUUUUGGAUCCUUCUUGCUGUAACAGUGUUAGUGGCAACUAUUAUCACUGCGAGAAACGUUCCUGCAGUUGGUAAGAACAUUUAAAGACACUUAGUUAGUUAAGGAAUGAAAGUCUAUAAAUGUAUCAAACGAUUUCAAAUUUCAAGGAAUUAGUACCUAUAAGUUCAGUCACAAACUGCGUCCAAAAUGUGGCGAACGUAGUAAAUAUAGAGCCAGAGAGUCUCUUUUCCCUUAUUUAGGUUUCGUUUUAUUUUUUAAUUAAUUUUUUUAUUUCAUAGACAAUAAGAUUAUCUAUGACACCAUGAAUUCGGAUAUGAUGGUUUUUACCGAGAAAAGGCGCAAAAUCUCCCUUAUCGUAUAUCUUUGGAGCGAGUACUGAAGUAAAUCGCCGAGUUGAGCAAACAUAUUGCCUGGCUCUGCUUCGAACAUACUCUUAAAUAAUAAUUCAUUUUUGUUUCCUAUACAAAAGAAACCGUUACUGAAUGGCCCUCGUUAAUAAAAAAGGAAGCGCUUGCUGUAUCAAGCAACCGAACUGAACUUCAAAGGAAAUGGAAAGACCCAUUGCAAGGUACGAUGAGUACACAUUCAAAAUAUACAUUAAGCCCAAACAAAACACAGAAAUCACUUCUGCACGUUUCAGUAAUUCAUUCAUUUAGAAUCAUAGGCCACUGCUAUCUACCUGACUCAUCCCCCUGUUCUGCCCACUUUGACUGUAAGACCGUUAAUUAAAUGUCAAAUGGCUCUCACUAAACGAAUCCGAUGAAAUUGGCUUCUUUAAAAAUAUUUGGAGUCAACAAUCGCAUUAUUUUUCUUUAUAGAGGGUAAAUGGCAUUUCAAGACACCUAGCAGAGUUCUUUCCCGUAAAAAGUUUCAAGAUGUGGGAGAAAAGACGUUGGAAAAAUCCCUGAUACUUUACACUCCAUUCAGCAAAAGGCUGUUUCAAAAUUCUAUCAGCCAAAAGAUCAUCACAGAAGCGUUAUCCACCACGUUUAUCACGGGAAUGGCUCAAGGAGAAUUUCCCUUGAGCAACUAUAGGUACUUUCUUGAACAAGAUGCAGCGUAUUUCGACCAUGUAGCCGAUGUGUAUCGUCUCGCUGCAACAAAAAUGGAAAUCCAAAAAAAUAAAGAUUAUGCUAAUUUUUAUUGGAAGCAGUCCGCAAAAUUUUCCCAUCUUCACAAGCAAUUCAUCCAGAAAAAAGAUCUAUCAGGGAAUGGCCAGGUGGGUACAGCACUCAAAGCGUACAAGGAUUUCCUAAGUAACGUUAGUCCUGAACACCUCGCAUUAGCCAUGCUCCCAUGCAGUAUGCUGUAUCCUGAGUUGGCAAGAGUAGAAGUGCAAAAUCCAGCGGGCAACUUGUACGAGGAAGAUUUUUUUAAAGAAAACAGGCGUGAUGAUGAGAGCUCAACGGAAAAAUUUGUAAAUGAAAUUAAAGACAUCAAAGAACAGAGAGCCCUUCUAAUUUUCUGGCGAGGAUUGAAACAUGAGCUGAAUCUCCUAAGAGAAGUAGGCGACCAACCUGCUUUACCCAUCCAACAGCUGUAA